AUGGAAGUUCUGAAAGGCCUCGACCGUCUUAUAGUCCGUGAGAGGAGUGAUAGUUCGUGUGGCCGGUACGCGGUGCUGACGAGUGAGGGUGUGGAGGUGAUGCAGGCCAGAGAGAACACGGGGCUGCUGCACCAGGUGCUGGCCGGACGGAGCAGGGCCUUCCAUAUAGAUAUAUAUGAUAUGGACCAGCACGAGGUGAUGAAGCUCCGUCGUCCGUACAGCGUGAGUUCAGACAAGAUGGACGUGUGUGUGUGCGGGGAGACGGUCGCCGUGGUCAGGAAGGAGGUGACCUUCUUGAAGCCGGUGCUGGUCAUCAAUGACUCGUCUGACAAGAACGUCAUACGAGUCAAGGGCCCAGUCUCUAUAACAGAUGACUGCCACUUUGAGUUGUUCACAGCUGACAAGAAGCCCCUGGGCGACAUCAGCCGCCGGUGUCGUCGUGUGGGAGCCGAGCGAGACCUCUUCACUAUCAACUUCCCUCUUCAACUGGAUCCUCGCCACAAGGCUGCUGUUAUUGGGACCUGCUUCCUCAUUAAUUUCUUGUUCUACGAGAAUUGA